GCGCGGUUGGGUGAGGACAGACUGGCUGCAGACGGCGGAGGGAGAGGAGCCGAGGUCACGCCGCGGGGCUUUUUUAUUUAAGAUAACUGUUUCCCUCCCGGAGAGAGAGAGAUACACAUCAUCGGGUUUAUUUGAGAACUUUUACCCCCUCCUCUCGCCCCCCUGUUGUCGGCGCUUGCCUUCGCGCAGGCGGACAGAAAUACCUUGAAAAUGCCUCCCGUCGAGAACGACACCGGCAAGAGCGAGCUCAAGUCCAGGAUACAGAAGCUCAUCGACUCCAACCAAGUGAUCGUGUUCAGCAAGAGCUACUGCCCGUACUGCCUGAAGGUGAAGGACUUGUUCAAAGAGCUGAAGGUGGAAUGUAACGUGGUGGAGCUGGAUCUCAUCGAGGAUGGAACCAACUUCCAGGAGAUGCUGCUGGAGAUGACCGGACAGAAGACCGUCCCCAACGUCUUCAUCAACAAGACGCACGUCGGCGGCUGCGAUAAAACCUUGCAGGCCCACAAAGACGGCAGCCUGCAGCAGCUGCUGAGCGGGGACGGCGAGGCCUACGACUACGACCUGAUCGUGAUCGGCGGCGGCUCCGGGGGCCUGGCCUGCUCCAAGGAAGCGGCCUCGCUGGGGAAGAAGGUGAUGGUGCUGGACUACGUGGUGCCGACGCCGAAGGGAACCACCUGGGGUCUGGGCGGGACCUGCGUCAACGUGGGCUGCAUCCCCAAGAAGCUGAUGCACCAGACGGCGCUGCUGGGCACCGCCAUGCAGGACGCCCGCAAGUUCGGCUGGGAGUUCGAGGAGACAGUGAAACACAACUGGGACACCAUGAAGACGGCGGUCAACAACUACAUCGGCUCCCUGAACUGGGGCUACCGGGUGGCGCUGCGGGACAAGAACGUCACCUACGUCAACGCCUACGCCGAGUUCCUCGACCAGCACAAGAUCAAGGCCACAAAUAAACGAGGGAAGGAGACGUUCUACACGGCCGCCAAGUUCGUCCUGGCUACCGGCGAGAGGCCGCGCUACCUGGGCGUCCCGGGGGACAAGGAGUACUGCAUCACCAGCGACGACCUGUUCUCGCUGCCGUACUGCCCCGGGAAGACGCUGGUGAUCGGGGCGUCCUACGUGGCGCUGGAGUGCGGCGGCUUCCUGGCCGGCCUGGGCCUGGACGUCACCGUCAUGGUGCGCUCCAUCCUGCUGCGGGGCUUCGACCAGGACAUGGCCAACCGCGCCGGCGAGCACAUGGAGGAGCACGGCGUCAAGUUCCUGCGCAAAUACGUCCCCGUCAAGGUGGAGGAGCUGGAGGCGGGGACGCCCGGCCGGCUCAAGGUGACGGCCAAGUCCACCGAGACGGACGAGGUCAUCGAGGGAGAGUACAACACCGUGCUGAUCGCCGUGGGCCGCGACGCCUGCACCGACAAGAUCGGCCUGGACAAGGCAGGAGUCAAAGUCAACCCCAAGAACGGGAAGAUCCCGGUGAACGACGAGGAGCAGACCAGCGUGCCGCACAUCUACGCCAUCGGCGACAUCCUGGAGGGCAAGUGGGAGCUGACGCCCGUCGCCAUCCAGGCCGGCCGGCUGCUGGCUCGCCGCCUCUACGCCGGCUCCUCCGUCAAGUGCGACUACAUCAACGUUCCCACCACGGUCUUCACGCCGCUGGAGUACGGCUCCUGCGGCCUGUCGGAGGAGAAGGCCACCGAGCUGUACGGCAACGACAACGUGGAGGUGUUCCACAGCCUCUUCUGGCCGCUGGAGUUCACCGUGCCGGGCCGCGACAACAACCGGUGCUACGCCAAGCUCAUCUGCAACAAACUGGACAAUGACCGAGUCAUCGGCUUCCACUACCUGGGGCCGAACGCCGGCGAGGUGACCCAGGGCUUCGGCGCCGCCAUGAAGUGCGGCGUGACCAAGGAGCAGCUGGACGGCACCAUCGGGAUCCACCCCACCUGUGCCGAGGUCUUCACCACCCUGGACGUGACGAAGAGCUCGGGUGGAGACAUCACGCAGGCCGGCUGCUGAGGUUAAGCCCCGCUGGCUCGGCGGCCGCCCUCCGGCCCUCCGGCCGGGCGGCGGCCCUCCGAGCAGCGGGGUCACUCUGCUGAAGGUCCGCCGGCGUCCGUCUGCUCAGAGGAAGCUCCACACACACACACACAAGCCGUGUGUGUGUGUGAGCUCUGUGACGUCCUCGCCCUUAACCUGGAUCACAGGUGGGCCGGGAUCGAUGUCCCUCUGCAGAGACGCGUGGUGGUGGUCCCCCCCUACCCCCCUCCCCCUCUAGAUCCUCACCGUGCGGCUUCAUUCCCCCGACAGCUUCUCAUCCUCAUUAUUUAUCUUUUGCACCAAAGUUUUCUGGUCUGUUCAGGUCCUCCUCCUCCUCAGCCUUCACACACUUCACCUCUGGUUCAUUCUCAGCUUGUUGCUGUUUUUUUUCUGCUGCUGCAUCGUGUGUGUGUGUGCGCGUGUGUGUGUGUGCGUGUGUGUAUAAAGGAAAUCUUGUAGAGGACAGUGUUCUGUCUGUAAUCUGUAUAAAUGAUUUGUUUGUUGGUGUCAAACCACUGUAGACUCUGUACGUUUAAUAAAGGAUGGAUUCAACUUUG